AGGCGCUAUAUGACAUCUCAAGAUCCCGCUUUGUUUUCACUCCUUCUUAGGGAACUUAACCCAGUUGCCAGAUGUCGCGCUUGCUAUUUCCGCUGAUUGCGCUGCUGGCUCACCACACAUUGGGUGACGACUGCGGCAGCGAGUGCAUGGCCGCCACCUUCCUACAGCACCAACACCAGAUUGCUGCGCGGGUCCGCACCGAUCCAGCGGCACGAGAGUUGAUGUUUCGCGAAGAGCCUUGGAGCGCGGCGGAUUGCGAGGAAGCACCCUGGAUGUGCGAAGCCCCCUUUGACUGUAUCAAUAGCACUGGCCAGGUGGAAAGCUGGGAAAAGGUCUUGAAGCGAUUGGCCAAGCCAAGCGGGGUGAACAUGCAGGGCUGGUGCUACGCCGGCUCCCCCUUCUACAAGCCAGCGCGUCAAUGUCUCGCCACGCGUGACCUGCAUGGCUAUGCGGAAAGCAUGCUGCAAUUCAGUCACGACUAUAAGACGGAAGAGUUUGAUGCAAGCUAUUGCUUCAUGAGUGGACAUUGUCAGAACUUACAGGUGACCAGCAACAGCACUCUUUUGGAGGCUGAAGCCAUUUGUGAUGAACGUUACGGUGGCCCCGAUGGCUGGCGCAGUGUGGGCUUGGGGCAGUUCCCACAACUGCCACCCUGGAAGUAUCUUUGGGAUUCUGCUGACCAGAAGGAUGUUGACAUUUUUGUCAUUCUGAGCUGUGCCAUGGGGAAUUAUCAUUGUGACGUUAACUAUUGUCAUGAGACCUACUGUGCGAUGGAGUCAUACAAGAAGAAGUAUCAGCAUUUGGCUCCCACGUUGCAGGGUGGAUUCCAGUAGUUCAUGCACAUCACCUGCCAAACAGGUGCUUCAGACAUACCAUCAGUAUACCUGUUACCAAAUGUCCAUUACCUGAAAGCGGUUGCGUACACACCAUAAGUUGGCAACGAAGAUGCUUCAGCUUUUGCGGUAAGUUCAGCUGGGGCAACUUCGAGUCCAAAGAUUUUGGGCCGCUGCACAAGGCAGAGGCAGUCGUGACGGAGAGAGCAGAGUUGAUG